CCGAGUCCUUGUCGGUGGCGGCUGACUGGCAGCAGUAGGCCACCGUCAAGGAGAGGCGCGAGUAGGUCUUCAGUGGUGGCGUGGGCUGAGUGGGCUCCCCGCUAGUGGUAUUUGCGCAUCAGUCGAAUAUAAUGAACAAAAACAGUAUCGAGUGUGAAAGAAUGAAUAAAGAAAAUAAAUAACACUAAAACGCCAAAGUCUUUUUUACGUGAGAAUGACUUUGACAUCUGAAGAAAUUUCAAGGUGAAAAUUAGUUAUAAGAGAGUUUUAAAAGCUGAGAAAAAAAGACGUGAUGCGCAGAUACCUAGAGGAACAUAAUCAGAACACUGAACUUGAACAAUAUUAUCUGAGAAAAACCAAAAUAAUAAGAGAGAGUGAGCGUAAUAGAGAGUGUGCAGGAGGGUAGAAACAAGACGAAAAGGACGGAAGGGGAGGGGCAAGAAGAGGAGGCAUGAUAGCCCACGAGGUGACAGCCUCCCUGUACAUACAGACUAGGACCAGCCAGGCACAGGAACACAUCCCAGCCGCUGCUCACAACAACAACAACGGAGUAACUAAAAACCUCAAUGCUCACGAGAAAAAGAAUCCCAUAGUGUGCCAGUCCGUUCGGCGACGCUACGAGAAAAAUGACUCGCAGGACCUGCAGAGAAUACCACAAGGCCUCCAUCUCGGGCACCAGGCAUCGCGACCCUCCAGGAUCCGCCUGUCGUGGCCCCAGCUGAGUCAAGAGUCUCUGCCGUGGCCUGACUGGAAGGCCCACACCCAAAAGUCGCUAGAAUGGGUGAAAUCGGUCCAGUGGAAACCUGACUGGCUGAAGGGCACAAAUCUGGAGGAAGAAAUCAAGAGUGCGUCCAAAACUCUGAAAAGUGAGUGGCGGAAAGCGAAGGACUCCCUAGCCAUGCAUCGUGUUCCUAUCGGCGACUGGCUGAGUCUGAAGGACCAUGUAUUGGAGGGAGCCUUCGCGCCUUCCCAGCCAGCCCCACCACUGCCGCCGCCCCCACGUAUCAGAAGGCGGUGCGUGCCGUCGGUGGUGGUGUACGACACAGGCCUCUGCACGCGGGAGGAAGAUGACCCCGCUCAUGCCGUGCUGUACUUCCGCCCCCGCCACACGCCCACCACCGCCCGGACUUCAUUAGCCGGGCAGCUGGCGGGCGUGGUGCACUUCUGUCGCCAGGCUUUCGACACGCCCACGGUCGUCCGCACUCGCCACGCCCAUGUCGCCUUCAAGGACUAUGGCCGUUUUGUGCUGAUGGUGUGUGGGCGUGGAGGGGAAUGGGCGCGAGGGCGUCUCUUGGAUGUGUGUCGACAGCUGGACGCCGCCACGGGGGGUCUGCCGCACCUGUGGGUUACCUGUGGCUGGGACCAUCGCCACUUUACUGACAGGUUGACAGAGGUGCUCGACGGUCUCCUACCCAACGCCAUUCCUGACGCUGACUUUGGAGAAGAGGACGCGGAGGCAGCAGAAGGUCUCCUCGGCUCCUCCUCUAAUACCACUCCCCUCAGCACCCCCUCGCCCGCCACUGAAGCCUCCGAAUUAGGGGCACUGGAGGAUGACAUAGAGGCCAGGAAGCGAAUGGGGGAGCUGGAGGGAGAAGACGGGGAGGAAGGAGAGGGAGAGGCAAUGAGACGCUUGCACAGAAUCUUCAACGCUGUUCCCUCCGUCCAGCUACCAAAGAGUGGGGGUGGCGUGUUCCUGAAGGCGCAGCAGGUGGUGGAGGCGUGUCAACAACAACCAGGAGUCCUUGCUGGAGCUACCAUGCAUAAAAACAGGAUCCUCAACACUCAAAUGGACAGCGAGCUCACCCAUGUCCUGGCCUCACUGCCCCUCCACGUCCCCAAGGGCGGGGUGCUGGAGGAGCGCAAUGUGGACUAUCGUCUCCCCGCGGAUGUUCACUUACUGAAGCUGCACGUGCCCGCCCAGACCCAUGCCGCCCUCCGGAAACACAUGCCCAAGCCGAUGCCUCGCCGCGGAGAGCGUGGCCUUCACAGCCAGGCAGCCUCCAUGGACCUUGCCUCUCUCCGCUCCGUCCUCCAGACCCGCCAGUCCCUCCACUCCUACCCCUCCUCCCUCCCCGUCGCCCCGGAGGUCUCACAGGAGAGAUCUGCCAGUCCCCAGCCCCAGCCACCGCCCCGAGGCCCCAGCCUGCUAGCCAGAAUCAGCGGUGGAUUGGAGGCAGAGCUGCGUCCUUCUCAGAGUCUGCCUGGCUCGCCUAGGAAGAUUCGUGUAGCCGCCACUCUGCCCGAUGUGGGUACCAAUUCUCCCGAUUUGCGUUACAAGGUGUUGACGGGCCGUCGGCCUCGUCCUCCCGCAUCCUCCCACUCCACCCCUCGGAGGAUGCCUGGAGGGCGUAAUGGCAUUCCUAGAAACCACGAUGGAUCGAGCAACGGAUUUAACGGAACCUCCAAACGUAGCCACGGCCUAUGUCCUCCCAGCCUGACGCGCGGUGAUAAGAGAAACAACAAACUCAUUUCUGAAGAUGGCAGCAAAAAUCCCUCUAAGCUUGGCUACGACUCGGAGAAAAGCGAAAGUGGUUUCGAAGAUGGUGUUCAGUCAGACAGUGAACUGAACAUCAAGAACACCAAGAACAAGCUCAACCUCCACCUCGCACCGGACAAAAUCAACCGGCCAAGCCAUGAGAUAGAGAUGGACGGCCUGGGCCAUGAUGAACCCAAGAUCAGGCGGGAGAUCAACGGGAACUUGGCUAAGGAUGACAACCUCUCCAGUAGCCCCCCCAACGGGAACCUCUCCACAUCACUCAAGACGCAGCUGCAGGACCUCAAAGAUGAGUCGGACACUUCGAGGAGUGAGGAAUCCGAUAUCAGUGUCCUGGACCUCAGCAAGUAUGUCGAGACCAAAGAGAAUGGUGACCGACAGCUGGCGGAGGCUGUGAAGGGACUGAUAGAGCUGACUUCCCACAGCGACGAGGAGGACGCGCGACCAGGUCAGGGGAGCGGGUCUGCUGAGCUGAGAGACUCUGGGGAUGAAGAUAACUCGGCAGAGGGAUGGCGUGCCCUCACACUAUACACUCAAAAGCUUGGGGACACUGUUCUACACUUGUUGCUGUCCUCUGCUGCAUAUUCUAACCCGCAACUCGUCUACACCCUGUGGCGCCUCGGCCUCUCGGGACUGGACGACGUGCAGAAGGCCGUGGAGCGAGCCCUGGAGGUGUCAGAGGGCGGGUGUGGGGGCGACGCCUUCAUCCAAUACUCGUACAGCGUGGUGUCCGCCGUCACGCCCUGCACGCUGGAGCACAGGCUGGUCUCAGUGGUGCAUGAGGACUUCUCGGCCCACCGUCAUCUGAUGGAGGUCACUAUUAGGAGUGACGAAGCAGUGGUGUGGGGACAUCGGCACAGCAACACAGAGACCUUCUAUCAAGUGAGCGCGGCACCCCGUCCCGGGCUGCCAAUCCCCUCAGACGUGAUGGCGAAGGUUCCUCAUCGCGCUCGUCGUCGUCUAGACCGCGACCAUAAUAUCACGCUGCUCUAGGUCACGCGGCACCUUCCAAGGGGACUCAGAAGACAACCCGUACAGAUCUUCCUUCUCUUUUAACUGGGUUGUGAGCAAGGCAGUGUUGCUCGAGCCACGCCACCAAGCAGGAGUGGGUAUCUUUUUUUUUCUUUUUUUGGUGGUGGUGAUGAUUAUGGUCAUGAGUUCAGAGGUGCUGAUUCUGCAGGCUGGUGUCGUCAGCCGGAAGCAAACAGGGUAUGAUGCCGUCAGUGGGUGGGUGUUGAGUUACAGAUGGUGCUGUUUAGCAGUGGUAAUGGUGAUAGAGGUGGUGAUGGUGGCGUAACUUGUCCCUGUAUGCAAAGUCAGACCCGUCCUCCCCCUUCUCACCAAAGUCACCUCAUCUCCAUCACCAAUAGCAGCAGCCCCACCACGUCACCACAGUAACACUACACAUUAGUGGAGCGCCAUGCCCAUAACUGUCAUAGUUUUCCUUCUCACCGGGCGCUGGCUCAGGCAAGGCUCUCGUGCCCCUGGGGCGCUGUGAGAUGGUGGGAACAAGGACAUGAACCGACCAAUUAUGUCUACUUUAGUGACCCCUUUGUGCCCUCAUUUAUUGUGUACAGUUGAACAUUGAUGAAUUUAUUACCUAGUAUUGUACAGCAGUAUUGUCAAGUGUGUUGCUUCCUCUGAUGUUUAUAAUGUUUUAUGUUUUAUAUUGGAACCUUCCUAUGUGGGAUUAUUGAUGAUAAGCAGAGAUUAUAUACCAUAUGCUUUGAAAUUGGUGGCGUGAAGACAUUUUGGCCGAACAGGUAAGGUGGAAUGUCCGAAGAAAAAGAAGUCGUAAUAACACGGGAAAGUAUUGUUGUUGUUGCGGUGAGUCCGUCCGGCCAACGGUCGGUUGGGCGGAGAGACACGUUCAUUGUUCAUCUUUACCACGAGUCCUGUAGCGUCCCUGAGUGAAUGUUAUUUUAUAGCCUUGGAGAGUCCCGCGGGUCUGGGCGGCAGGGAAGGGCAGAGGACCGCGCCAGUGCACACCGCCACGACAACACACGACAAACCUCAGCAUGUGUCAUUAUCACACUAAGGUCAUUAAUAAAUUAAUGAUAAUUCACACUGAGCACCUCAUUUGAUUCACACACACACACACACACACACACACACACACACACACACACAGGUGACAUAGUGGAUAAAGUGGUGAGCGUGGGAUGGGGCAGACGUCCACGCGAAGGUUCGAAUCCCACCACGUAUCGCCUUGAUAAUUUGCCAUUUGUCGAGUGGUUUAAAGUUACAUACAUGUCACCAUGAUAUCCAGGUUCUAGGUGGUUACACCGAAGAUGCGCUUGGAUGGUGAUAUGGGCCCUAACAUGGGUACCACUAUGAAUAAAAUUACUUGCGCCACUAAUGGGUGGAAGCCUAACAGCGGUUCCAAUACCCUUCAAGUUACCUACAGGCGAUAUAGGCCAGGACAUAAACACACACACACACACACACACACACACACACACACACACACACGGUUCUUCAUUGGCUCCUCCAUCUCCAGACCGCCCCACAACGACCCGCACGACUCUAUACAAGUAGUUCACCUCGUCUUGCCAGUCGGGGACACGCGCCGGGCGAACGCACACCGGGACAAAUUCACUAUAUAUUUUCAUUUUCAUUUUUCUUAUGUAAUGUAUUCGAUUCUUUCAAUUAUUUCGUAUCGACCGAUUACUAUUCAGACAUUUUGUGUCUGCUGGAACGUUAAAGCCAGUCUCAGGAUGGGUCGCCCAAUGACACGAGUCCCUGGCUGGGCGUGGUAAGUGAGUCCCUCCAUGUCAACACUCGAGUUCGCGCGUGAUACAAACCGUCAGCGAGAUUCGCCAAAGAGAGUCAUGCCAUACCACGGCCAUCCAUUCGGCAGAUGAUUAUCUUGUUACAUUAGACACUUUGUCACGUAACCCAGCGAAGUAACUUAAGCUUUUAAAGUUAACUAACUGCAAAAUUACCAAGAUUUGACAUGAAAUGCACACAUAUCGCUUCCUAAAGACCGUAACAUCACUUGUGCCACACACGAACGUCGAAAUCGAAUCGCAAGAAUCCGGAGCUUAACUUAAGGUAUGGCUGCCCGUCCACCCGUCCCCAGCCCUCCACCUCUCCCUCCCGCUUCCCGUCCCGCCCCCCUCCUCCACAUACUCCACGGCAGGAGGAGACAGAAAAGAUCAGGCAGAGCUUUCGGAGGCCAACCGAGAGAAGCCGUAGGUGUGGGCGCGAGGCUGUGGGAGGGUCGUGGGGGAGGAGGAGGUCCCGGGUUGACCAAGCCUCGUCCAUUCCCAAAGUCCAUCCAUGUGCCAAGUUGUUCACCUUCUCCUCGUCCUCCCCUAUCUACCUUUCCUCUUCCCUAACCUUUCUCCUGUUCUCACCUUGUUUCUUUCUAUAAUCUUUCUUUUGCGUUUUCUUACGCUUUCCUCCUUACUUUCUUCUCUAGUUUUCCUAAAACUUUCUUCUCUCUCUUGGGAUACUUUCACUUCUUUUUUUCGGUAGCAUAGCAUUUCUUGUGGUGCGUGUCAGCCUAUUUCUCACUCUUCCUCAAAUAUGACUUACUUAGUACCUCCUCUUUUUUCCUGAUCAUCUGCUUCCCUUCCUUUCCACCUCCUUCUUCCUGAUAAAUAUUUUUUUCUAGUGUCUCACAGACUCUUCUUCUUAGGCUCCUGUUCUUAGAAUCCCUCCCGAAGUUGUCAGGUCCAUUUUCAAACCCGCCCCUGGAGAAUGCGGCUUCGCCCAAGCCUUAGAAGAAAUUGGUUGCUGGAGCGGCUGAGUCAGGGUCAUGUAAAAUUGACCAGAUAUUGAGAUACUUGAGUUGAUCUCUGACUUAUAAAUCCAAAGCAGUUCACUUAUUGGAAAUUAUUGGCUCUAAAACAAUCUAAGGAAAUAUGACAAAGUAAAAAUGUGUCUUGGGUUUAUGCCGAGUUCUACUGGUGGUGGCGUCCUCAGCUUUCUCUCUCCUCCCACCCCGCCUGUAGUUCCCAGUGGUCAUUGAGAACCUUCCUUCUCGCCACACUGGAGGCCAGUCAUGCUUCGCUGCAUCGCUGCGCCCCCUCGCGGACUGACCUCAUUUUUGUCCUCGUUAGCGUUAGCCCUUGGAGCUGCUCGAUAGCCAUAUGAUGUUUUACUUCAUUUUUCUGAUUUAUAGACGGAAUUAUUAUCGUUAUAUAUGCAGUAGGAGGUGUUUUUAUGUGGCCAGUAAUAUUCACUGCUUCAAUCUGUUGACUUGUGACUGUGACCGUUUAGAUCAACCUUUACUUUAACCUUCCCUCCGUCACCCAGUAAGGAUUGGUGUUGACUGCUGUUAUUUUCCGUGUUCGAGGAUGUAGAUUUUUGCUGGUUUUAAGAAGCUGUUUUGCCAUCAGCCAAGUGGGAGGUAAGCGCCAUAGUCUUCUCUGUUUUGGGAAUUAACUUAAGCUUCUCAGGAGGUGAAAAAAAAAAAUAUCCUCAUGUCUCCUCUACUUCGUCUGGUUCCUCUAGUCUGACCCCUGACCUGACCUUCUGCCAGUGGGGGACCCUCGAGGCUCCUUAAGGUUUCCUACCUUGCGAUGUUCCUCUCAUUUGGGGCUUCACUCAGUCUGCUCAAGUGUUGCUCUAUGUCUCUCCUCUCCCGGGCUCGUUGUGCCCCGAGGACCCUCCCUCCCUGUAGUGUCCUCACCUGGCUUCCUCUCGCCUAGGUCCUCCCUACAAGGGUCCCUCUCACUGGCAGCUUUCUGUGUCAUGUACAACUUCUUUAUAUUGUGAAUUAUACACAAUUAAUAAAUUCCUUUGAUUUA